UCACAGGUCCCGGACAUUCCAGGUAUCCGGGAGACCAAGGCUGGGGAAGCUGAAGACCUUCCAGGGACGGGCCUCCUCCUGUGACUGGAGGGACCAUGGCAGCGAAUAGGGGAGUAGAGACCUUCUUAUCUGUCUUCCUGCUGUGCUGCUGGCGAGGAACUGAUCUACAGCCAGUCAACAAAACUUCAGGUCCAGUUACUGACGACUCACUCAAUUCAACAAAUGAAGAGAUGCCUGAAGUGUUUGAUGAAAUUAUUGCCCAAGAGAUUUUGGAGCCAAACACAUCAGCAUCGAAUGAAACACCAACAACAAAACGAACAACCCGAACAACAAAACCAACCAAGGAAAAAAAUUCUGGUAUUGAUGAUAACUACCAAGAAGAUGGCUCUGAGAAUUACCAUGAAGUAGUAGAGAACUCAGAACUCUCGUCUCUGAACAAGGAGAAAUUCGAAAAAAGGAAGAGUUCAAGCAGUGAUAAUUUUGGGAAAGUGUCUGUUCUGGACAGAAUCCUUCAAAACAUAGGAAGACCUGAAGGUGGCCUGGAUCUAACAGAGCCUCAUCUCACCUCACCCCUGCGGCCCUGCCUCUUUCGCAUUUCCCGUGUGGACUGA